AUGAUUCGACAUCCCAGCAACACGAUUGUGGGCGGCCCCUCGGGGUGCGGGAAAUCCACCUGGACGCGUGGGUUUUUGCGCCACGCCGAGACGUUGAUGCACCCCCCUCCUCGGGUGAAGCAUUACUGUUAUGGGGCGUGGCAACCUGCUUUUGACGACAUGAAGAAGGAGAUGGCCGUUCAAUUUCACGAAGGGCUUCCCACCCCAGAAGAGUUAGAUCAAUGGUUUGGACCGCGACAAGGAGGGUUGUUGGUGGUAGACGAUCUCAUGGAGGAAGGCGCCAACGACAAACGCGUGUUGCAUCUCUUUUCCAAGCACUCGCACCACCGCAAUAUUAGCGUGAUCUUCCUGUGUCAAGAUUUGUUCCCACCCGGAAAAUUUGCCAAGACGAUCUCGCGCAAUGCGCAUUACAUGGUGGCCUUCAAAAACCCACGAGAUCAGGUGGGCAUGCGCACCUUGGCGCUGCAGGCCUUUCCGACCGAAUGGUCGCACAUUCUCUACAACUUUAGUGAAUGCACGCAACGCCCUUUUGGUUAUUUGAUGCUCGACUUG